AUGGCACAGGAGGUUGUGGACAUUCCAACAACGCAAGCUUCUGCUCAAACAGCAGGAGUGUUUGAGAACAACGGACUCAGGGAAAUACAAUUGAUCUCUUUCCAAAAAGCCGAUCCUGAAAACCCUUAUAACUGGUCAAAUUCGCGGAAAGCCACCAUUGUAUUCACCGGAAUUCUCACAGUAAUCAACAGCACAUUGAGCUCAGCUUUGCCGUCAAACUCUAUUCCGUUCAUCGCCAACGAGUUUGGCAUCAGCACGACUGGAGGUAACCCGCAGCUGGUCUUGCCAAUUUCGAUAUACCUUGUUGGCUAUGUGCUCGGCCCCCUUCUCUUCGGACCACUCUCCGAAGUAUACGGUCGCCGAUUGCCGAUUCUCCUUACCUUCGCCGGUUACACUGCCUUUACUCUCGGCACCGCACUUUCGCCCGAUUGGGCGGCCCUGGUUAUCUUUCGAUUGCUUGGCGGGAUCUGCGCGAGUGCCCCUUUGACUAUUGUUGGCGGAAUGUUCGCGGACAUAUACGACAAUCCGAUUUCUAGAGGCAGGGCGAUAGCCUUCUUCAUGGCUGCUGUCACUGCUGCGCCGUGUAUAGCCCCUGCACUUUCGGGAUCGUUUGCAGAGUUUGUCUCCUGGCGAUGGACGUUUUGGUGCGCUCUCAUCAUUGCAGGGGCUACCUGGAUUGCACUGGCAUGUCUGCCGGAAACAUACGGUCCUGUCAUACUCAAAUUUCGGGCGAGGAAGAUUCGACAGAACUCUGAAAUCGGACCUGAACACGCUCACAUCUACGCGCCAAUCGAGGUGGAGGCCAAAGGCUGGCGACACAUUGUCGGUGUUAUUCUGGCACGACCUUUGCGGAUGAUGUGUACAGAACUCAUUGUUAUCGCUGUGUGUCUGUAUCUUGCGAUUGCAUAUGCCAUUUUCUACAUGUUCUUUCAGGCAUACCCAAUUGUUUUCAAGGGCAUAUACGGCAUGUCCGCAAGCACAUCUGGACUGAUGUUCUUGCCUGUUGGUGCAGGAACUCUUAUAGCAUUGCCACUCUUCUUUCUUUAUGACAGCUAUUUGGAACGAAGUAGAAAAGUUGGCAAGGCAUGGACUAGACGGGAAGAGAGCAGACGGCUUCCACUGGCCUGCAUCGGUGGACCUCUUUUCGUCGUGUCUUUGCUGUGGAUGGGCUGGACCGCACGUGAGAACAUACACUGGGUCGUGCCAUGUCUGGCAGGCGUAACAUUCGGACUGGGAAAUCUUCUCAUCUUCAUGGCCCUGCUUAAUUAUCUUGCUGAUGCGUAUCAGGUGUUUGCCGCGUCUGCGAUGGCUGCAUCGUCAUGUACGCGGAGUAUUUUCGGUGCUAUUCUACCCCUCGCUACGACUCCCAUGUAUGACACAUUAGGUGUAGGUUGGGCUUCCACUUUACUGGCAUUCGUUAGCCUUGUAAUGUGUGCCAUUCCUUUCGUAUUUAUCCAUUUUGGUGAUCAAAUUCGCUCGCGCAGCGCGUUUUGUCAGGUGCUGAAGGAGAAAGAAGUGAACGAUCACGAGAUGUCGGAAAGUUCUUGA